AGCAGACAGCAGCACAUAUUGUGCCAGUUUGUCCAGGACAUACAUCAAGCAAAUAGUUCACUUUGGCUUGUGUUGGUUAACAGGUGUAGUUUGCUAGCAGCUAGGCUAGCUUUAGACACUGCCAACACUUCAGUGGCAAUGGCUUUUAGGUUUUGCGUUGGUGUGACCUUGCUCCUGUCUGUUUGGGCAACAGCAAAAUGUCAUCAUAUUCCUGAUGAAGCUCUUCAAAUGGAGUGUCGUGAUCGUUACGUGAGGAUCGCUGUUGAUCUCUCCUACACUGGGCCGGCUCCUCAUUUUGAGGCCGUUGAUGCGACAGGCAUGUACGCCAUCACUGAGCAGUAUGCAGCUCAGUGUGGCUACACUGUCAGUGUUCGCCCUCAACCGGGCCAUGUGGAGCUCCGAGCCUCUUACUUCAGCUGUCACACCGACAACAAGGAUGACGAAGUGUUCACAUUCAACUUCAACCUGAUUGUGACACAUGAAGGAGAGGAAGACCCCUAUGCUUUCAACAAGACCUGUACUCCCUCUCUCCCCUGGUCUCCCAGAGAGGUCACCUGUGAGGCCAACUACAUGGAGGUGUCUGUGAGGAGUGACGUGGCCUGUCCAACUGGGACAAAGAAGGAUGACUGGGAUGUGUUUGUCCAAACGGCUUAUACCUCAGCCGCCUCAGACUGGCAGGUGAUGUUCCAGAGGGAGGAUGAGGAGCCGACACCCAUGACCCUUAAUGACGCUCAUGAGCAGGGAUAUGCGUUUGACUUAACCGAUGGAAGGCUGGUAUUUCGUACUCCGUAUGGACAACUUGACUCAUUCAGCACUGAGGUGAAUGAUGUUCCAGUAGAGGUGGUCCAUGCAACUCUGUUCUCCAGACAAAGCUGGGUUGUCCUCAUGGUGGACCUGGUGGCUGCUUGCUCCAUGCAUGAAGGAUCGUAUGACAACAGCGGCUACAUGAUGUGGGUGACUCCUGAGGCGCUACACCCGCUGGUGUCUGGUCUACACGACACGCAGGUCAAUGUUGGUGUCUCUGGUGAACUUGUGGAGCAGGCAGUUGCAGAGGAGCGAGGCUACAUUGUGGAGAAACGCAACGCCACAGUCCAGAUCAGCAUCCCCUAUAAUGCUGAAGGAGGAUACAGGAAGAGCGCGGUGUCUGGCGGCCUCUACGAGUACUACGUAUUUGAUCUCUACUUGGAGCAAAUCUCGGUGGAUGAGGAUCAAGUUGACACCAGACUUCGCUUUCACAGGACACUGGCUACUCCCCUGCUGCCAUGUGCUGUUUUCACUGAAAACAGAACAGUUCCAGAGGAGCGCACGUUCACGGUCUACCUCGGAGACGUCCCUGAAGACGUCGAGUUGGCUGCUGUUCGUCUGAAUGGAUACGAAUGUACAGUUCCAUUUACAGAUACAAGCAGUCACACGAUCACAAAAGUAGUUCAUCCCAACAACAUUCAUGGCUACACUCUGAAGGUGCCUUUUGAUGACCCUGUUGUCAUGCAGCAGUUCUCUAAAGAAGACGCAGCAAUUCAGUACAGUCUGGAUAUCAACUACACACUGACAGUUCUGCCUGAAAAAGAGCCUUUUUAUGACUUGGCAUCAGUCAUGGCCUUAACUGAUGUCUCUCCUCCAGUCUUUGAUGCCAUCUGUUCCGAGUCUGGCAUCAGCUUCAAACUGGACCACCGGCCUUUUGACUACCUGUGGGAGAUCAGUAUCUGCUCCGAGCUGCUGACAUCAGAGCUGGCAGCCCAGCACGGCUACAUCAUGAGCAACGACAGCCAGAGUCUGCUGCUCGAGGUGCCGCUCUUCUCUCACGGCUACGAGUACAAGGAUGUUACUUUGAAUGGAUUCUUUGGCACCUUCGAGAUCGUCGUGCAGGAUCAUGAAACGUCAGAGGUCAAGAGCUCAACUAUCAAGACUUGUCCGUUCUCUACGACUGAACUCAUCAUGUGUUCGACUGAUGGGAGGAUGACUGUGGUGGCUGACUUGUCUCUGGCCAUCCCAAGUGGAGGAGAUCCUGCUAGAGUCAACCUGCUGGACAAAUACUGUGGCCCCAAAGAGACGGAUGCCACCAGGGCUCUGUUCUCUUUUCCACUCAACACCUGUGAAUCCACAAUCAAGCUCGGCAAGGAGUAUGUGACGUACGAAAAUGAGAUUUUCUUCAGCAAGAAGUUGCGCACUCUGAAAAAUCCAGCAGACUCCAGCAAUGAUAUUGACAGGGUGACAGUGCAGUGUACAUAUCCUCUGGCUGGACUGUUUCGCCUGUUCUCAGUGUACAGGUUUGAGUCGGACGCGGCUGGUGUUGGCCGUAUUGUGCAUUCUGCGCACUCCACUGAAGCUCCACCCAGCAUGGAGCCCACUACAGUGUAUCCUACAAGACGCAUCCCAAGUCGUGUUUCAAUGCGACAUAAUUUCUACCCUCCUUCUCAGUACAUCAAAGUCUCCAGCUUUCUAAAGAAUCUUCCUAAGAAAGGAGCCAGGAGAUCUUCACAAUCCAAAGUACAUGCUACCACAUCUUAAGGAGUGUGAUGAUGUAUUUUAACUAUGAAUCAAUAAAUAUGUGUAUUUAAAAGA